AUGGCGUCCCACGACUACACAGACUCGGAAUCAGAGGAUACCCUUCAACCAAUGGACCGAGAGACAGACGUUCCCCCCAGUGGGCCUCACAAUAGCGGGCCCACGGCCUCCACCGAGGACGGUAGCCUGAAAGUGACUAUCCGACCGAAUAUGGGUCAACAAGAAGGUGGUAGCAACCCCCCAACUCCGAGGUCAAAGUACAAGCAUUCGUCCGUCGCAGAGCGCGCGAAUUACUCCUCCUCGGAAGACGAGGGAGACAAAUCAGCGACCUCACCGCCUCGAAAGAAGAAGAAACUUUCCACAGUGGCUGAUGAAAUUGGGAGCAAGGAAAAGCAGAGCAUCAAGCUCACUUUCGGGCCGCAACACUCUCAUCUCAACCACGCAUCUCCUCCCUCGAGUCCGUCAUUGACAGGCAGGAAGAGCUAUGACUGGCUCACGCCUUCAGUGGCUGGCGCCUCCCAUACGGGCCCACCAGAACGAGGCACGUCUUCCCGGGGAACUUCCCCAGCAACUGAAUCAGCAGCGGAUGAGGCUAUAGGAGGUCUACUGGAUAGUACUGUUGAAAAGGCCGCAGAGAAGGCUGCGGUGAAGCGAAGUCACCACAAGAAGAAAGCGCCGGAUGCCCCUCCUGGUCCGGGACGAGCAUGGAAGAAGGGUUUGAAGAAGGCCUUGGCUGCCAAGAUGGAAGACGGUACUCCAACAGGGACCCACGUCUUCUCUGCCCCUGUUGCGAGUCGUGAGCCAUCACCUGAUCCUUUGGCUCUGCCAGCCCCUCACAUACCAACUCAGACUGUAAUCUACCACCCUCCCAUCCCACCUCGAGCUUUGUCUCCAUCCUUUGUCCCCGCAGACGCUUCAACCUUGGGAUUCCCCGUAUACUCCAACCCCAUUGUCCCGCCCAAAAUCAAUCUCAGCACUUUCCCAAAGGUCACAAACUUCUUUGCACCUAUCAAUGGUGGAGACAGUGGGCCAUUUCCGCGAAGGGAGAAGGCGAGAAACUGGGGAUGGCAGGAGAAAGGCAUCGUAGGAAUUGGCGGUGGAGUAUUGAAGUUCAAGUCGUGGGCUAGGGGGCCUGCAUCGGAACUUGAGAAGGCUCUAGUGUUGGAGAAAGAGAGAGAAUCCCAUACUCCCGCCCGCCCUGUCAAGGCCAAGAGCACCGCUGCUACCACGCCUCAGCCAUCCACAACAGCGGUUACCCCUGGUACAGACGAGCGCCCAGCUCUUACCCCUUCCACAUCGUUCGAUAAAGGGAGUGGCAGCCCCGGGCCGGGAGAUGACGAGAGCGAUACGGGGAGCGAGGAUAUCGGUGCUAUGAGCACGCCUGCUUCGAAGAAGGGCGGACCAAAGAAGAAGGGCAAGACGCCAAAAUCAAAGUUGGCGCAGGAGAUCGUCAUGGAGCCGUAUCAAGAGUUUGCCGCAGGCACUUCUGUGCACCCUGCGCCUUGA